AUGAGCGCCGUCGCCGGAAUUUUGGUCGCCAUGUGUAGAGGUCCGGCUAAGUUGAUGAUAAUCGCCGCAUGGGCGCCGUCGCCGUCGUUUUUUAUCGCCAUAUGUAGAGGUGCGACUGAGUUGGUAAUAAUUGCCGCAUGUACGCCGUCGCCGUCACUUUUUGUCGCCAUGUGUCCGCCUGGAAAAUCCGUGAACGCAAUGUCUUCGCGAGUGAUUUUACUGUUAAUUAUAACAUUUUUUAAGUUACUGAAAUGUUUGCCAUCAGAAGAAAUCACCACCAGGUAUACAACAGGAACAAAAUAUAAUAUAGAGUUAAUUAAAAAGUCAACAACAAACUGUUCGCGAUAUUUAACGGAACCAUUAAAAACCAUUUUAUCAAAUAAUCUCUGUGAAGCAGAUACUGCUAGAAAAUUAAAGAUAGUUCCCACUAGAAAAUAUAAUACGUACACAACAAAUAAAAAUAUUACAUUCACACCACUUAAACUGAGAACUAAAAUUAUCUCGACUACCCCAAAAAGCAUAAAAAUUUUUAAUUCAAAAAUUACUAGUGCAACUAUUAAACCUCAAUUAAGUACAGUAACAAAAUUAAUUAAAAAUCCAAUAAAGAAUGUUACUUUAUCUAAAGUAGCCCUUAUUGAAAAUUCGACCAAAAAAAAAUUAAUUAAACUGAAAAAAAGAAAACCUUCAACGCAUAAAAUUGUUACAAAAUGGAAAGACGCUAACGAUUUAGACGACAAUAAAAAAACAUUAUAUAAACAAAACAUCCCUAUUCCUAAUCCCAAUCCGGAAAUAAUAUCUUCAUCUCCUCCAUUUUCUUUAAGUGAUGUAGGACAAAUCUCACCUUUAGUAACAGUACCAAACCUCCAGAAUGAUUUGAAUAUCAUACCAGAGAUAACUUCCCACACGCCAACUUAUUCAUCCUUAACAGGAGUACCGAAUUUAUCAGAAUUCACACCUGUUGAGACAAUAGAACCUCUAACCAAUGCAGGAACUCCUAAUAGACCAUUAACAACCUUCAAACUGGAUAUGCUACCUUCUGGCAUCGAAGGUGAUAGCGUUAAUUCACCAUGUCCUACAGUUCAUAUUUCCAGUUCAGUUUUACAACCUAAUGAACGUCAAGGUUGUUCGGAUUUGAACUUGGUUAUAAAUUCUCAUGUCAUGCAAAGCUCUGAUAGUAAUAGGCUUUCAGAACCGAUCACUUAUGAUUCGAUACCAGAAACUGAGGAUUCUGUUCCUUUAGCGCAAGCUGUUGAAAGUGAAGCAGUAGAAGCUGUUGAAACACCAGCUGGUCAAUCAGUUAUACCACAAUCUGCAGGCGGUACUGGUGGAACUGGAGGAACUGGUGGCUCUGGAGGAAGUGGUGGUAGUGGUGAUGGAGGCGCUUGGAAAUUUCCCGAUCUCAAGCAUCUUUUCGAAGCUUUAGGAUAUCUUUGGAGAGGGUUAUGCUACGUAUUUGAAUUUUUGAGAAAUCCAUAUCUAUAUUUGAUACCCAUGGCGAUAUUCUUCCUUUUAGGAUUUUUGAAAGUGAUGGUUUUAUUUCCUUGGUGGAUUCCUCUACUCAUAUUAUACGUCAGUGUUAAAAGCGCUACUAAACAAAAGCCCGCUGUAACAUUUUAUAAGCACGUCCAUAAGCCGGUGAAACAUCUCGAUGGUUGGUUCUGGAAUCACCAAACAAAAACUUGGGAAAAUGUCAACGAUUACUCGUAUAAAAAAAGAAAUGAUGUAGUGGGAAGUACUUAUGAUCCUAACGAUAGUCUUACGAAAGACCUGCAAAGAAUUCAUCAGUUAUAUAAUGGUACUACCAGAGUUCAUAAGAGACGAAAAUAUUAA